GAAUUCUUGCAGCGUGGUCAACUCGGUGACAGCCAUCGCGUCACCCUUCCUCGUGGAUCGUUUCUCGUGCGAUAUUAAACCGGAAAACGAUAUUCGCAGACGAGACUGUCGUCGCACGGACAGCGAAUUCUGGCGUCUACGCGACCUCCGGCUUUGCACUCAUGGCUGCAGAAUUUUUCCAUUGCUUUUCGGCGCAGGCGCAGUCGCAGUCAUCGAAAUCUCGCGGAGGGAAAUUCCGAAUGAAUAUGAGUCCCGAGAUGUGAAGGAAUUCAAUGGAGAUUAGAGGGAAAAUGUUUGCCGCAGGCUCUCCAGAUAUUUGAGAGGAAUUACAUAUUCAUCGUCUUAUCAUAAUUGAUAUUCUUAUCAAAAGAAAAAUCGACUCCAAAUUGACGAAAUUUGUUGGAAUUGAGGUCGCAAUUCGUGAGAUAUCCUGGAUAUUGAAGGAAUGUGAAACGCGGGCUUCUCCUAUCUGAUCUGGAAACUGAGACCUGGCGCGCAGGUACGCCAUGAGAAAGUGACCAAUCGCACGAACGACCAUUAACUCUCGCGAGGGUGGUGGCUGCCAGCCAAGAGGAUGGGGGAAUCGUCUGACAGACGGCUGCACGGCCGCAAAAACAGCCGAUACAGAUGCCGCGAGGCAGCGAGCGCGCACGUGUGAUGGUUUUUUUCCCCUUUUUUUUUCUCUGCAAUGUCCAAGAAGCCGUCGCGGAGCGAGGCCCUCGACGACAUCUCCGUCUGGGACACGGAAGAGGUGCUGUGCCUGCUGCGCAAGAACGGACUGGAGGAAUGUUGCAACGCAGUGGUGAAACGGCAAAUCGACGGCGAUGAGUUGCUACACUUGACGGAUGGGAAGCUGGCUCUCUGGAAGAGUGACCUCACGCGUCCGCUGAUAGGACAAUUGUGGGCCUUUGUGCAAGAAUUAAACAAGUGUCCGGAGAAAUAUUUACCGAAUAAAAUUACAGAAACGCAAUUACAGAACGAUGAUCACUUAAGCGACAGCGGUUCCUGGGGCACCGAUUUCGAUGAUGAGGCGACCGAAGAAAACAAUUCCUUGGACGAUACGCAAGAGAUGGUAAAACCGAGUCUGAUCAAGAACAAGCAAACUCCGUUUUUGCAGAACAAUAGGAUUCCAAUUAGCAGAAUACCAACGCGAUCGUCGAAGAAAAUGGCAAAACCAAAGGAGGAAGAGACUUACGCUAAUUGCGAGUCUUCCUGCCAAGUUGAAGGGGAAAAUAUGUAUGCGAACUUUCAGGAGACGAAGAUAUCACCGACGAGAAAUAUCUCGAGAUUGCAUAGCCAGCUAGAAAAAACUCUGGCCGAGAAACUGAAGGAGGAGUUGAAGCGUAGGAAUCCCCAGCCGACACAGAAACCAGCGAUUGGUCCGAAACCGGAGACAAUACAGUCGCGAAUAACUGGCAAAAGACCCCCGCAGAAAUCUUUUCUACACAAUGCGCCGACGACGCAUCAACAAAUUCCCAAUGAUCAAAGCAAAGCGCAAAGAAGGAUGACCGUGCCACCACCGCCGGAACCUAAGAAGAACAAGGAUUAUACGUCCGUGGAAAUCAAGAAAGGGUCCGACAAGGAGUUACCGAAACCGCCGGCCACCAUAAGAAAUUUCGAUCUCGUGGCGAAUUUGCCGGCGCGAACGGAGGAAAGCGAGGACGAGUAUGAGACGUUCGACGAGAACAUCAUCGAGCAAGUACAGAAGAGCGAGAUCUCGCGGGUCGACAGCAAACAGUCGUUACACAGCGGUCGCCAGGGAUCAGUCGAGAGUGUUUAUAAGGCGCUCAGCGCCGCGAGUCAUGAGGAAGAGGAGGAGGAUUAUGAGAUUUAUGAAUCUAUUACGGAAACGCCAGAGGAUAAUGGUUACUUGAGUCCCAUUCGAAGGACGAGCGCUGUUCAACAAGAACCGCCUCCCUUACCCGCCAAACCAUCGCCGACUAAACCCUCGACUCUUCCUAGUAGAACCAAAGAGAAACACAAAGAACGAUCACCAGAUAAAAAAUCAGCCACAUUACCUCAUGCUGGCAGUAGCACUUCACUGUCAACUGAAAGAGCCACGAGACCGCUACCACCGCCGCCUGACACACAAUCUUUUGUCGAUAAACCCUGGUACCAUAAUGUAACGAGGGAGCAAGCGGCUACACUCAUCAAAGAACAAGGUACUUACAGUAAUCCGCAAGAUGGAUAUUUUUUAAUGAGACCAUCGACAACGAAUAUCGGCAAUCCCUUAGCUUUGGUCCUUUGGUAUAGGGACAGAGUUUACAAUGUUCCAGUUAGAAAGAGAAACGACAACAGAUACGCACUGGGCUCCGCGAAGGUGAACGAGCUGUCUUUUUCGACAGUCGAAGAGAUCGUGGCGUUUUAUACGAAGGAGGAAUUGAUGCUUCACAGCGGUGGUGUGCAGACCGGAAGCACGAAGUUGACUGACACUCCACCAAAGUAAUUUCCGCUAUGAUCAAUUCUACUACUGGAAGGAGAAAUAUUUGUCAAUCUCGUUGUAUAUAAGAAUUUUAUGCGAUAUCAACACUGCCGAGCAAACAUUUUUACUAGAUAUUGCAAAUCUAUCCAAAUACGUAGAUAGAUAGAUUAAUAUAGGACAGAUGGAUAAUUAGAAAGAUAGACUGACGAACAAAAUUUUAAACGGUGCCUCUUGGAUAUUUUCAUAUAUUUAAAAUAAUAUAAAUCACAUUUAGUGCGAGAUAUCUCUUUUUAUCAUGCUAAGAUAAAUUUUCUGUUCAUCUACAAUUUAUUAUAAUAAUUACAUAUGUGCCUUUGAUAAAGUGAUAUAAUAAGCUCAAUUAUUGAGCAACGGAUCUCUCUUUUGUGGAAUUUAAUAUAUUUUUAAAUAUAUAUACAUACAUUCAAUCUUUUACUAAUGUAGAAUAUAUAUAUUUAUGGCUGAUUUAUGCUUCUAAGAGAAUAAUCUUAUAUAUAUGAUAGAAUGGAGAAUAUUCUUUUGAGCGGAGAUACCAUUGUGUAUCGUUACUCUUCUGUAUCAGUAUUUAUAUAUUUUUGUGCACAAAAAUAGUUAAGAUAUAUCGUUCUUUAAUCUAAGAUAUAAAAGUGACUGUGUGGUGAUCCAUCGUUCGUGUGGGUUAUCUCUAUGAGCCUCUUGGCCCAUGAAAGCAUCAAUGUGAUGACAUAUAUGUGUGCAUAUAUUGCAAGACUUAAUUAAAUCUUUUUUUAGAAAACGA